AUGAAGUGCGUCAUUUGGUUUGGGGCCCUUCUAUUCCUGGUCGGGUGGGUAGAAGCGGUCCUUGGUGAGGCGUCUAACGAUGCCGCUAAGGACACGGUUGGUUACGCGGAGGUGCUUGCAAACUUCGCGAACCCGAACGAGCUGUACGACCUUUUGGCAGAGAAGGCGGAGGGGACGCCAAAGGGGCUGCGUAACCUCGCCCGAGUAGAAAAAAAUACUUUUCUAACGUUGUACGAGUCUGCGCUGAGUCACUUCGAUGUGGACGGCUACAGUGUCUUCAUGCAGGAAGUAAUUUCUCAAAGAAGGCGCAACGACGAACCAGGAGAAGGAAAGCGUUGGAGAAGAACCACUAGGGAGUCUCGACCCCAUUGCGAUCGGGGGGUUAGCAGCGGUGUAGACGGUGUCAGGAGAAGGAUACACAAUGGUCACAAAAAGAGAGGAGAAAAGACGGAAACAGGUGUAGGACCUAGCACUAAUGUGGAAUACCCCGGAGGAGCGAUCCGAUCCGCCUACGGAAACAACUUAAGCAAAUGGAUGAAGGAGUCGUUGGAAAAUAUAGAAUCCCCUGCAUCUAUAAAAGAACCCGGACUAGCUAAUAUGUUAAUACAAAGUUUAACCAUGGUGAAGGGAUUAAUCCAGUCCGUAGCCAGCUCAGUUGUAGAUAUAGUACCUCCCUUAAUACCGCCCCCUGUUUGGAUUAAUAGACCUCUUCCUUGUCUACCAAUGGUAACAGGAAAGAAUUGUCUAGGAUCUAUCCUUUACCCAAUAACCGCUGCAGAGUUUGUAACCGCUGAUAUAACGGAUUCUACAAUGAACGGGAUCAUUUCUAGUUUCCCUGCUAAGUAUGCUUCAAAGGUGGGAAAAACUUCAGACACACAAUAUAGACUGUGUGCCAUGGCUUACCUUGGGAUGUAUUGUGCGUCCAUUUUUCCCAUUUGUUGGAUGCCUAUAGGACUGAAGGUUGCAGAGACCAUGUCUGUUUGUUUUCCACAAUGUUUGGCCACCCUUAUUGCUUGUCCUGGUUUCUGGAUAGAUGAUAUAGAAGGACCUUGUAGCAAUGCAUCUGUGCCUCCCUUUUGUUCAUUCUCUGUUUUUGUAAACCAGAAGAUCGUUCCUCCUCAGUUAACCUCCUAUGAUGAUUCGCAUGCUUACCCAGACACGUGUCCCACUCACGAUUAUGAGUAUGACUCACCGGAAGAAUUGUAUGAACAUGAGGACGUGAACAUGGAGAGCGUUUAUUCGAAGAAGAGGGAUUCCUACUCGAAUGCAACCCUUCCGGUGUAUCCAGACUUGGUUGCCAAGAUUUAUCCUGAUGAACCCACUGGAGAGGAACUGGACUCCUGCAAGUGCGUAGAGAUAAGUCCCCUUUGCAGAAGGCACUUUGCCAUCCCCGUCCUGGGGAGGAGACACCCCGUUUUUUACCCCUCGUAUGAGGAACCGGUGAAGCUGUCCCCCCGCCAGAGAAGCAACGGCACGGGUGCGAAUUCCCCUAAGAGGGACGUCCACAAGAAGUAA